AGCCUUGAGUUCCCAGCCCGACUCCCUCCAGAGCGGUCGGCGGCGGAGGCACUAUGGGCUGCGGGGCGCUGCUGGGGGCCUUGGCGCUGCUGCUCGCCUUGCAUCUGGUGCUAGUGGAGCAGCCAGUGAAUGUGGCUGGCGGGAAGUGCAAUACCAUCUACAAGGGAUUUGCAGAGUGCCUGAUCAGCCUUGGAGACAGCAUGGCUCAAAAUGUUCAGAAGCAUCAGGAGGAUGACACCAUCCAGGAUCAAGAGGACUUGGACACCAUCUGUAGGUCCUGGGAAGACUUCCACACCUGUGCCACCCAGGUUUUGUCCAACUGCCCUGAAGAGGCAGCCAACAUCUGGGAGUCCCUUCGGCAAGAGUCCCAGAAGGUCCAGUUCCAAGGCAACCUCCAUGACCUGUGCAGCUCACGGGCCCAGCUGGCUGGUGAUGGGAGGGCUUUACAUGUGGAUGAGACCAAUCAAGAAACCUUGCGGGGGGCAGCUUGUCUUCUCUGGCCCAGCCUCAUGGGUAGAUUGACUCUUGUGGUUCUUGUGACUUUGGUACCCUUUGUUUAGUCUGGUGGCAGUGGGGAGGCCCACCCUCCUCUACUGUCCACCAUGGUAUGGACUGGUGACCCUGUUCUGCUCCCUUCCAGGGAAUUUUGUCAGGCUUAGCGGUUGAUGGCAGUGCCUAGUGUGCCCUGAUGGUCAGGGAUGUGGUCUCUUGGGUGGGAGGACAGGCAGCUUUGGGCUUGCCUGCCUGGAACCUGCCUAAUUCAAAGCACCUCAGAUGUAUUUAUUUAGUCAAUUUAUAUACCCAUCCUCUCCACAUAUGACUCAAGGCAGCAUACAAUUAAAACAACACUAGUAGUAUAAAAAUAUAAUCAAAUAUAAAACAAAUUACACUGGAGGCAAUAUAACAAUUAAGCCCAACCAGUCUGGACAGGUUCAGAAGACCUCCUGACCCAAUGUCUGGGGGGAAAAAAAAUCUUAAAAGCCUUAGCAAAAGUAGGAAGGGUCAUCCAGUUCUUAGGGGACUACUAAUCCAUAGGGCAGGUGCAAGAACAGUGAAGGCAUGUUUCCUGGAUCUCAUAAGAUAACAUUGCUUAGGCAAUGGGACUCAGAGCAUGUCAGCUUUGCUUGAUCUUACUGGAGAUGAAAAAAUAAUCGGAGACAGGUGAUCUCACAAAAAACAGGCCUUGUGCCAUGAAGAGCUUUAAAAGUGAUAACCAGCACCAUUGGCAACCAGUACAGCUCAUGAAGUAGCAGUGUUAGAUGAGAAUACCAAGCUGCACUCAUAGCUGCCCCCCACUGCUGCAUUCUGGACCAGUUGUAGCUUCUAAGUGAUCUUCAAGAGCAGUCCCAUGUUGGUGUCAUUGCAGAAAUCAGACAGGAGGCGACCAAGGCAUGAGUGACCACGAAGAGGGCCUCCCAAUUCAGGAUUGAAUGCAAUUGUUGCACAAA